GGGAUGUAAAGUUUGAUUCUUGGUGAGAUAGCAUAUGGAAGUAGCUAGUUCUAUUCGUGACUUGGCAAAUACUCGAGUUUUGGUAGUUCCUAUAGGAAACGUUUCCAAAGCGUUGAUAGAACAAAGUAUUCGAGAACUUAAAAACUAUGCAGUCGUGCGAUUGAGUUUUUCACAACGAUGGAGGAGUCACUCAGAAGCUUUACCUCCCACAAGAAACAACUCUCAAGAGAAAGCAAGUGGAGAAGAGACAGCAGUUUACCGACUUGAGUUUCAACUUUGUUCACAAGAAAACGAUGGUAUAAUACAAUUGCCUAGUUCGGAGUGGGAAACCUUUCAACUUUCUAGACGUAGUUGGGGUGUCAUAGGAAUAGCACAAGUUUCGGAAUGGAACUCGAAUAAUCAGGCACAAAGCGCCAAAAUUCAACAAGAACUUGCAGAAGUUUGCAAGCAACUGAGAAAACAGCAACCAGUAGUCAUGAGAUGCCUGGUUAUCCAAGAUGAGAGGACGACUAACCGAACUGAGCGCGACCUCAAAUAUUCGGAAAGAGUUUGGAAUCAAGUGGAAGAAGAGUUCACUUCACUGGAUAUUGCUUCAGUAGAAGCCGAAAGUGUAAAGGAUGACUUGGAAAGUUCGACUUCCUAUCCAAAGGAAAUGUCGAGAAAUGAUACGUCGAUAUAUUCUGCAACUGGAAAUGGAGGCGAUAGUUCAAGUGAAGAAGAUAACUCAAGCAACAAAGCGAGCUUUAAAACUUCACAUAAUCGCAGUUCUUCCGUUUCAGAGCACACUUUGGCAAAUGUAUCAACAUCAUCCGUUUCGACUAUGACAAGUGGUGGUGGUGGAGAGAGUUCUUCGACAAUACCUUUAAAGUAUCUCAAUAGAAGGGAACUGGUUGACUCCAAUUUAAAGAAUUGGUUAUCUCCAUGGUUGAUAUCUUUUGCAACAGAUAUUCACCAAGCUAUGGACUUUUGGCUUCGUAGAAUGAUGACUAGUGCGGACUUGAUUGUAUCACCAAUGGAUGCAGAUAAGGCAGCAGAGAAAUUCUCCAAAUUGGUGCGUCGAAGAGCAUCUCGUUUGGAUAAGUAUUUUGGUGAUUUCCAUCUGAUGAAUGGCAAUUAUCAUAAAUCCUUUAUGAAGUAUUCAGCUUGUGCAGCAGCUGCUAGAGCCAAUAGUGACUGGUUAUGGUUAGCUGGAGCUAUUGAAGGAACAUGUGCUUGUGCUAUUCUCUUAGGACGUGAUUUUACUACACUUUCAGGAAUAGCAAACGUUGUGGAAGUUCAACCGGAGAAUAGGGAUCUGAUAUCACAAGUCAUUCAGCGUUAUGAUGAAGUUUGUAAAUUAUACCGAAAGAAGAGAGCCUUUUUCAUGGAAAUGUUUGCAUGUUUGAGAUUGGCAAACUUUUUAUCAGAAACUGGUAGACAUUCAGAACAUUUAUUAUGGUUACAGAAUUCAAGUGAAGUGUUAGAGAAGAUGCCUAAUCGAUAUCCGAACGGUGUUGUAGAAGAUAAGAGAAUUAGGUUGCUUGGAUUAAUAGGCUAUGCUUAUCUACAGGCAGGUUGUUGGAGGAAGGCAAGCUUUUAUUUUUGGAGAGAAGCAGUUGGAUUGAGGCGUCAAGGAGAUAGUCUUGCAGCUAUAGCAAUUAUUCAACAUGUAAUUCGAUUGUUUGGUAUGAAGGGAUCCCCUAUGUUGGAUGACCAAGAGAUAGCUGGUUGGAAUAGUUAUUCUCUAGCUACUAAGGAAAGCACACUAUCCAGUGAUGAUGAUGAUCAUCAAACUAUCCAAAAGGAUGGCAUUUGUAAGGACUUGAUGAUAUGGCCAUGUCUUAUACGUUUGGCUUUGUUAGAAACUGCUUCUUCAUCGAGGGCCUCUGGUCAUUCUUCAGUUUGUUUAUGGUCAUGUUUGAAGGCGUUGGAAAUUUCAAAGUACAUUUCGCCUUGGGAUGAAAUGUCCAAAGUUUCCACAGAAGAUGCCAAAAUUAUUGCCUGGAUGCUAAGGUACUCCAUUAUCAGUUCGUUAUUAAGAAACCUUGUCGACAUUUCACUCAUUUUUCGAGUAUACCAAAGACAAGGGCUGACAAAGAACACCAGAUGCCAAACCAUUUUACAAAGGUAUGAAUCACAAAAUCCUUCAACAAAUCUCCGUGCAUCACCUUCUCCAUCACCUCGAAAGAUGUUAUCUUCCAACCCUUUUAUUUAUUCACCUUUUAUGAACAAUCCAGAAAACAAUUCUUAUUCAGAAGCAGAUGUAUCCGAUACUUCUCCUUAUGUAAUAUAUAUUGAAAAGGGAGAAGAAUACAAGUUUGUCCUAGAGUUGUAUAAUGAGCUGAAGAGUGUUAUUCCACUGGAAAUUUUGGAUAUAUUGACUUGUAUUGUGGACGAGGAAAGUCGUGCGUUAAGUGAUGAAAGAAAUUCGGAUACUUUUUCGAUACAUAGUUUGCCCUUUCUAUUAUCUCAAGGAGAACAACGUAUUCCUAUUAGUUUGAAAGCAGAAAAAGCAGGCCAUUUUUGUAUUGUAGGUUUCUUAGGAAGACUAUGGAAUAGAAUUUGUAUUGACUUGUUGUUGGAUGAAAGUCAAUUUGUGUUUAUGGAGAUAUUUUCACCCUUUCCAACCAUUGAAACGAAUAUGUUCUUAUCCAGUGUCCAUUUUGAUAAAUGGAAUCAAGAUACUACUAGUAGUUGGAGACCUUUGCAAAAUAAUGGCGUCUUUUGGGAUGGUGAAAGGGUGAACUUAGAUAUUGGACUGAAAAUAAGUCAGUUACAUACUGUUCAGUCAGUAGAAUGGAAGUUGGAAUUGCAACAAAUAGGAACAAAUGGGUCGUUAGAAUACGAAGAAAAGGAAAUGAAUCAUUGUUUACUACAAAUAGCCUCCGAGUUGACCAAUUUUGAGAAUGAUUCAUUUGAGCGAACAGUCCGUCAAAGUUGUCGUUGUUUGCUCUCUUCAGUUUCUAUAUCUCCUCAGAAUUUCAUAGAUAAUCAGUCAUUCCCUUGCACGUUAGAAUUACAUUGUCAAUCUAUCCAUCAAAGAGAAACUCAGAAGAUGCAGUGUUUUACUUACUCUUGGAUGAUGAAACCUUCAUUAGUGCUAUCUUUUAUUGGCUUAACAAAAGUAGAGGAUGCUACGUUGUUAGAAACUGAACAUUUAUGUUAUCAAGUGGUGUUGGAACUUGAAAAUUGGAUAGGAGCUCCGAUCAACUUGGAUAUUGCGAGUCCAACCGAACGUCAUGUGACAGGCGUGCAUUUGGAACCAGAUGAAUGUCAAAGAAUAUGUUUUGUUCUUUCCGCAAAGCUAUUAUCGAUGUUGAAACAAGUUGCGAAAGAAAGCAAUGGAAACGAUUCUUUUUCCAACAAAGCAAUUGGAAUAUUCACUUCGCAAUUGGAAUGUCAUUGGGAAUGUCCUUUGACCCAAAAGUCUGGAAAGACACCGCUAAGGAUCUCUUCUCGUUUAUCCGCUUGUCUAGAUGCUGACUUGAUUUUAUCUCGAGCUAAGAUUGAGUUUUUUUCUACCCAGGUUGAACAGAAUAGUAAUUUCUUUAAAGUACCUUGUUAUGUACCUGUUGAAAUAGAAAUUCAUGUGACCAAUUGUUGGUGGCAACCUUUUCCUGAAGAUUUGUGUCUUUCAUUGAAAAUGGAACAAGCUGUUUGUGAUACGUGGACGAAUGUAAUGUUUCAUGGAGUAUAUGGAGCUGGACAAUGGGAAGAUGUGGAAUGUGGAAAUAUUUCACCUGGAGAAAAAGUGGUACAUUCCCUACAAGUCGAGUUUGUAUCUUGUGGAAGUUAUUAUUUGGUUGCUUAUCUUGCAUCAUCCUCAAAUCCAUGGAAAACUUUAAGAACAAAAACAUUGUUUCUAGUGCAACAUGUAGAGUAGAAAUGAAAUUAUUUAUUGCCAA